ACUUUCAGUGAAUUGAUAAGGGAGCUUUUGUUCCUGGGGUUAUUCUGCUGUGAGUGGGUAAGCUGUCUCCAAGUCAUGAAUUAGACAAAUUCUGACGAUAAAUGACAGGAAGAUCUGGAAUUCUACAGAAUGAGAAUCCAACAGCAAGGCUGGUAGACUAGAGCUGGGCAAAAUGUCUGAUGGCCAGGAGGGAAGCCCUUGUGCUGAGCCGCAAGGUGACAGAGAAAAUGAGGAGCAGCAAAGUGAAGACCAGGAUGUGAAGGAGCACAACACCAGAUCAGAAAGCUUUAAGUCUCUGUUCAGGGCAGAGUCUCUGAGGGAUCAAGGUACUGAGAUCAAACCACUGGAGGCGGAAACGUGGUUCUUCAAAGGAGUGAGUGGCAAAGAAGCAGAGAGAGUAAUUCUCCAACCAGAAAACAAAGAGGGAACUUUCCUGAUCAGAGAGAGCCAGUCAAAGAAAGGUUGCUAUGCUUUACUGGUGAAGCAUUGGGAUCCCAAGCUGGAUUUUAGAGUCAUGUCCUACAAAGUAUCCAACAGGCCCAGUGGCUAUUACAUCAAUCCACGGGUCAAGUUCAUCAGCCUAUCAGAGCUAGUCAAGUAUUAUCACAGAAAUGCAAAUGGUCUGUGCCAAAGGCUCGCGAGCCCCCCGCUCAAAAAGUCUCAAAGUAUUUCAAAAACGGAUGGUUUUGAAAUUCCGAGGAAGUGCGUUCUUCUGCAAAGUAAACGAGAAGUUGGACAUUUUGCAGAAGGCAGGAUGAGGUUGAAUGGCAAUAAUGUCCGAGUGUCUGUGAAGAUGCAGAGUGUGGAGGGGACUCCAAACCAAGCCUUCCUCAGGGAGGUCAGCAUUCGUAAAGUUCUUCAGCAUGGCCGGCUGGUCCAACUUCUGGCAGUGGUGACACAAUCACAGCCCAUGCUCAUUAUCACCGAGUUCAUGAGCCAAGGGAAUCUAAACAGUUACUUGAGGAGUGACCUUGGUAGGCAGUUGGAAUUGGUGCUGCUGAUUGACUUUGCUUUACAGGUUUUGGAUGGAAUGCUUUAUAUGGAAGAGAAUGCGUAUGUGCAUAGAGACCUGAGAUCGGCAAACAUUCUUCUCAAUGGUAACCUGGAGUGCAAAAUUGGAGAUUUCAGCCUCACUCAGAAACUGAAAGAACAGAGAUACAUCCUCUUGAAAGAUGAAAAGGUUGCAGUUAAAUGGACUGCACCUGAAGUCUUCAGAGAGGAGACACACACUACAAAAUCUGACGUCUGGUCCUUUGGGAUUUUCUUGAUGGAACUGGUGACUUUUGGACAGACACCAUACCCAGGUCUAACCUUUGCACAAACUGUUCAGUUUUUGGAAAGUGGUCUUCGCAUGCAACGCCCCCUGGGCUGCCCAGAGGAGCUGUAUUAUGUCAUGUUGAUGUGCUGGGAGGAGGAGCCCUGCAGCCGGCCAUCAUUUCAACUACUGCGUGACCUGCUGCAAAACCUCUGACCCUUCCUUUGCUGUGCUAACUCUUUCAGUCCUUGUUUUAUCAUCCAGAGUGUGUUGUUGUUCCCAGGACUGACUAUAUCUGAUAAACCAAACCACAAUGAAUUAUUGUGGGCAGCACAGUGGCUAAGUGGUUAGCACCGCUGCC